AUGUAUCGACAACUCAAAGAUAUAUAUGAACUAGAUAAAAAACGUUAUACUAAUGAGAAUCAAGUAGUUAUGGUAUAUCGUGGACAACUCAUGUCUCGUCAUGAAAUACCAAUACUUCGAAUAAAUACGGAUCAUAUUGGUAAUAAUGCUUUCUUUUCAACCACAAUGAAUCGAUCACUUGCAUUAUUUUAUACGGGUCCUGGAGAGCUUACCCAUGAAUUGCAAAGUGUAUUAUUUGAAAUUGAAUUGAAUGUUCACGAUGAAUCAUAUCUUCCAUUUGCUGAUAUUUCACAUCUAAGUUCAUUUCCGAAUGAAUCCGAAAUAUUGUUUAUGAUUGGUACACAAUUCAUGUUAAGUACUGUAAAUGAUCAAUUAGAUUAUGACAAUACAGAACGGAUAUGGAAGAUAAAAUUAAAAGUUCGUCCUAAUGAUCGUAUCCAAGAUUUUAAAAAUCUUGAAAGCUCGACUCAACGGAAAACAUUGAAAAAUUGUGUCAAUAUAAUUUUAAGUCAUCACUUUGUUAUUCUAAUUGAGUCGUUUAAUGAUGUGAGACCAAUAUUUCGAAAACUCAUUCAAUAUUUUCCACGAACAAAACUGGAUUUCAGCGAUUGA